UGUUUCUCUCUCAUGGAUGUUUCUCUCUCUCCCUCUCCUCCUCUCUCCAAAAAAAAAUAAUAACUUUGGUACCUUAGAAAGAACUGCCCACAUUGUCCUUAUUGCUGCAAAUAUGAAUUUAGCAGAUCAUACAGCUUUCUCGACCCUAUGUUUGUUGUCCUUUUGUAGAUCGUUGCUAGGAAGAGCUCUGGGUACAAAUAUGAACACCUUGCAUGUGACGAUGGCUCACAUCCUAAGAUCUCGUCUGAUAAAUGCUGCCGUGAUUCCUAGCCGAGUGACAAUGCUUCCGUAUCUCGGAGUCAUUGGAAAUAGGAUGUCAACUCAUAAGUCGAAAAAGAAGAUGCGAGAAUAUUACAGGCUGCUGGGCCUGGAGGAAGGGUGCUCUGCGGAGGACGUCAGGGAAUCUUUCCGUAAGCUUGCCAAGCAGUACCAUCCAGACGGUGGCUCCUCCACUGCCGAUUCUGCAACAUUUAUAAAGAUCGAAGAAGCUUACAGGAAGGUGCUUUCCCACGUGACGGAACAAGCAAGGGCCACACAGAAUAAAGCUGAAGAGGCAGACGACGACGAAAACACCAAGUACACGGCACCCCAACACCGGCAUUAUUUAAGUUUCGAAGGCGUUGGCUUUGGAACUCCGAGCCAGCGAGAGAAGCAGUAUAGGCAGUUUAGAGCGGACCGUGCGGCGGAGCAAGUGAUGGAAUAUCAAAAGCAGAAACUGCACAGCCAGUAUUUCCCUGAUAGCCUAACCGUUAAAGACGUGAGACAGAGUAAAGAACAAAAGAUAACUCAAGCAAUAGAGCGUUUAGUGGAGGAUCUCAUUCAGGAGUCAAUGGCAAAAGGAGACUUUGACAAUCUCAGCGGGAAAGGAAAACCUCUAAAGAAAUUUUCUGGCUGUUCAUAUAUUGAUCCCAUGACUCACAACCUGAACAGAAUAUUGAUAGAUAAUGGAUACCAACCGGAGUGGAUCCUAAUGCAAAAGGAAAUAAAGGAUACUAUCGAUCAGCUCAGAGAGGCAAUCUUGGUGUCCAGGAAAAAACUUGGGAAUCCCAUGACUCCCACCGAACAGAAACAGUGGAACCAAGUUUGUGAGCAGUUUCAGGAAAACAUCAGAAAACUAAACAAGCGAAUUAAUGAUUUUAAUUUAAUUGUUCCCCUCCUAACCAGGCAAAAAGUCCAUUUCAAUGCACAGAAGGAAAUUGCCAGAGCCCAGGAAAUAUAUGAGGCCCAUAUGAAAACAAAACAAGUCACAGAUAAAAACCCAAAUAGCGUUGAUUGGGUAGAAGGGGAGAAAACACCUGCAGUCAAGACAGGUUUUUUCAACUGGACGAAUAUGUGGAAAUUUAUUAAAAUCUGACCAUCUCAGUGUCCACAGUACUACCCCAAAUCAUUUUCAGUUGUAGUGACAUCACACAUAGAGGCUGGGACUUGUGGCUGUUACGCAGGAGUUUGAGAACUGUGUGCCUCAGUGCUUUUCACAAAACUCAUCACAGCUCCCGUAAUGUGUAAGGCAGAAAGCUGUAAGAAACUGCCUCAGGUAUGUUCAAGCAGCUUCGCCCUGGGAGUACAGCAGGGAAAGCAGAGAACCUCUGAGAAAACAGUUUAACCCAUUUCAGAGUUCGUCAGCCGUGAGGGACUCAGACUGGGUAUUCCAAACGUCUUAGCGCAGUUUUAAACUCUUACAACCAUUUGCCAUCUUCAGACACAGGCACUCAAACAACAACAGAAAAACAAAAAUAUGUUAUUAAAAGUCAUAAAACUAAACCAGUAUGGGAUGUAGGCAAGUAAACCUCCAAAUGAUGUAUGUUUUUGCAAGUUUGCUGCACUUACACACCUGAGGUUAUUAAAGCUCAAAAGUAGUAUAAGCCUGUUGCAACGCUCCAUGGGAGGAAAUGCUGGUGAGGAAAUAGCCUAUGGAGUUACUGCACUCUCCUUUUUUAUAAAGGGCUUCUCUGUGGGUACUGAAUUAAAAAUACACAUAUACAUAUGUGGGUUGUACUUUU